AUGGCGAAAGAUAAAUCAGAACCCGUCAACAAAACUAAAGAUUCGAAUGGCACAAUCAAGACUAAGAUACCAAAACGGCGGGACAAAAGCGAUUUGGGACCCAAUUUCAUAGCUCCAGAUGGUGGUUGGGGUUGGGUUGUAUGUAUUGCGGCUGGUUUGAGUAACUUUUCAGUACUCCCAGCUUUGCAACAAUACGGCUUAAUUUAUCGGCAAAGGAUGACCUCAUUUGGCUUUGAAUCCAAGGAAACCACUGCAAUUUUUAAUGUGGCCAUGGCAUUGUCUUCAUUGGUUGGAUUGGUCAAUGGUGCAAUGUUUCGAAGAUUUACAUUUAGACAGGUGGGCAUGGUCGGAGGCAUUCUCACCUUCAGUGGCAUUUUAUUUUCAGCAUUUUGUACAACAUUUACCGAAUUUGUUGUAUUCUUCUCUUGUAUUUAUGGUCUGGGAAUGGGUCUCUCAAUGGGUGCAAGUGCAUUGGCAGUAAACACCUACUUUAAGAAAAAACGAAGACGGGCCACUGGGUUCUCGUGGACCAUAACUGGACUAGGUCCCAUUAUAUUCCCUCAAAUAUCACGACUUGCCCUCGGUUACUAUGGUAGUCAGGGUUGCAUUUUCAUAUUUUCGGCAAUUGCCUUAAAUGCUUUUCUAAGUGCAUUAACAUUUCAACCUGUUCUGUGGCAUUCUGCUAAAUCUGAAGACAAUAAAAUUGUAAAGAGUGAGGAGGAUGAAAAAGGCGAAGAAGUUCAAUGUAAAUACUGCCGGCAGUCGGAAAAUAUAGCUGAAAAAAGAAGUAUGUUUUCUUCCCAAUAUCUCUUUAAUGAAGACGACCCAGAAACACCUGGAUAUGAAAUAAUUGAACCCGCCACACCGAUGAUGACCCGUGCCAAUGAUGGUUGGUAUGGAUCCAAGUUAUCGUUAGCUGAAAGUAGAUCCAUUAAAGAUGUUAGAAAAAACUCCAUACAUAAUGGUGGACAAAGGGUAACAAAUCUGACAAAACCCAAUUACUUUAAUCGUGAAAUGGAAGUUGCAAACCAUAAUGCCUCUAACAAUGGCUGCCAAUGUAAUUGUGCCGAGGAAAAGGCUUUCCUACAAAUUAAAAAGAAAGAGGAGGAACUCACCAAAAUGCAAAUGCAACAAGAGGAGGAGACAAAGAGCCGUAUGUCAUUCUGGCAAAAGGUUGUUGUAUUUUUCGAUUUCGAUUUACUGACAGAUAUGACAUUCUUGAACUUGGCCGUUGGCAUGACCAUAAUGAUGUUCGGCGAAAUUAAUUUUUCCAUAUUGACGCCGUUUAUUCUAAAUAGUUUUGGCUAUAGCGAUACCCAAAUAUCCUUGGCAAUGUCUUUGCUGGCCAUUGUAGAUAUCGCGGUGCGUUUCCUGUCGCCUUUCGUGUUGGAAAAAGUAAAAUUGACCAAUCGAGUGUUGUUUGCAUUUGGCAUCAUUGCCAUAUCCAUAGGACGUUUAAUAGUGACUCUGACAGAUUCGUAUAAUGUCAUAUUGGUCGUAUUUGCCUUGAUUGGAUUUGGCAAGGGAUUCCGUACAAUUUUCUCGCCCCUUAUUAUACCAAGUUAUGUUCCAUUGAAACGUUUACCGGCAGCGUCGGGACUACAAUUGAUUUUUAGUUCAUUGGCAUAUUUUUUGCUGGGUCAAGUGUUGGGUAUAAUAACUGACCGAUUUGGAUACUCUGCAACAAUACAUAGCAUCAAUUGUUUGACAUUGUUGUCUUUAUCGCUGUGGCUAUUGGAAUCUUUAGUUCGAAGAUGUCUGGGUAAAAAAUUCCCAGACGAUGUCAAUUAA